AUGAUUGGUUCAACCUCGUCGACGGAGAGUCAUCGUGGCUUCGGAUUCGCAGAUUUCAUCAACAAAGCGGAUGCGGCCAGAGCAUUCGAUGCGCUUGUUCAUUCGACACAUUUGUACGGUCGUCGAUUGGUAUUGGAAUGGGCGAAGCAGGACGAGUCGAUUGAGGAACUUCGCGAUAAGGCGCUAUCGAAUAUCAGGUUCAUUGAUAUCUUAUUCCUUCAUAUCCCUAGCGAUUUAUGGCGCUGA